AUGUCGACCUUCGCAAAUACCGCAACAACGGGACCGUGGCGCGACGGAUGUGAAUCGCAAGUGAUUAACCUGGUCACCGAGUUUAUCAACCACCACGAAAUCAGCCAUCAGAACCCUUGGAAAGUUCCCCAAGCUCCUGUCGAGUCACAAGCAGUCGCUACACAAAUCAAGGCCCACCCAAGUGUCACUUCAACAGUGAAAUGGGCACUGAAGGUUCGAGAAAGUACCGCGAGUCGGAGAGACCUUCUUAAGCGCAUUAUCGAAGCUGGCGUACUCACUGAUCGAGCAGAGGUCUUUUUCAUCACUCUGCUAGCGGAAAACAACUAUCUGGGCCUACCAAGGGGAAGCUCUGAAGCUGAAGCGUUGCUCUACCGCCAUAACGGAGCGAGCAAGGGUCUCGAUUCGGAGCAAGAGCAGCAGAAUUUCGAUGUUCACCAACGCCGGCUGAAUCAAUAA